AUGACGCUAUUCCCUGGUGUUGCUUUUAUCACAGGCGCGGGAUCGGGUAUUGGCAGGCAAACCGCCAUCACUUUUGUGGCUGAAGGAUGCCGCAAGAUUGCCGUGGCGGAUCGCGAUCAAGCCGCUAUUAACGAGACUAGGGAUCUGGUUCUCAACAUUGCGCCUGAUGCAGAUAUUCUGCCAGUGGUGGUUGAUGUGCGCAAUGAGGCGAAUGUUGUUUCGGGGCUGGCGCUUACUAUUGAACACUUUCACCGUAUAGACUACGCUGUCAACUGUGCUGGCAUUUUUGGACCCGGGGCUGUUUCCAUCGAUAUGCCACUUGCAGACUUUGAUAACGUUGCCGCUGUGAACUAUCGUGGCGUGUGGCUUUGUUCGCGAGAGGAGGCAAAGCAUAUGAGAAACCAGGAACCUCUACCAACACAUGAUGGGCGUCCUGGAUGUCGUGGCUCUAUCAUUAAUAUUGCCAGUGAUCUUGGGUUGAACACGCAGCCUGGAAGAACGACAUAUUGCUCUACUAAGGCGGCCGUCAUGCAUAUGACGAAGAGCGAUGCUGUGGAUUAUUCCAAACACAACAUCCGUGUCAAUUGCGUCGCACCCGGACUUGUCGAUACACCGCUCGCAGCAGCCAUUCCUAAUGAUGGUCCAACGGUGGAGCCAAUAUUGUUAAAGAGAAAGGCAACACCCCAAGAGAUUGCCGAUGUGAUUACCUUUGUGUCAAGUUCCAAGGCAUCGUACAUGCUCGGCUCUGUUACGCUUGUUGAUGGCGGCAUCACAGUUUCAUAG